AGUUCAAUAUUAAGACGACGCUGUCCGUGACCGAUCAUUCUACUCGGCCGGCUACGACGCGCCACACUUACUGUAACCUUGGCGUCCGUGAACACGUUCGCGAUUUCGAAAAUCUAUCGAUGUCGUGUUUUCGUGGUGAACCGUGGUUUUUUGCGACCGUCUUGAAUUCCAGAUCGGAUAUUCCGUAUCAACUAAGCACGGACCGUCAGUCUUUUUCGAAAUGUAAGCUUGCUAUCAAUGUGAAGGUUACAAGUUCAAAUCAUGGUAUUAUUUCUACGCGUUUUCAUAUGCAUAAGUUGUUUUGUCUUCAAUACAUUUACCUUUUGUACAAGUACUGUUAAAACUGAAACUAGUAUCCUGACAACCGUCAAAUUAAUUGCAAGCGUCAAUACCGAGGUUCCAUCUGUGGUGUGGCAACAAAAGCAAGUCACGAAUCUAACACGCGAUUGCAGCAUCGGAUCGGAUCGUAAUAAUGGUUUAACAUGCCGUGAUUCGACGGCAGUAAAAAGUGUUUCGAAACGUUUGGCGACUGUUUUGAACAAAAACUUAACCAACACAAACCUUACCAAGACAAAUCUUGGUACCGCAAAUCUAACAACUGCAAAACCGAAACCCCCGAAAUCCGUUGCUGCUACAACUAAGACGCCUCCCAAUGCCACGAAACCUGCUAAACCCGUACAGAAAAACAAUUUGAGGCACCGCGAGGACAAGGUUUGGCCCAAGCCCGACAAAAGGUUAAGCGAUGCCGCGCACAAAACGCCCAAUGUCAACAUGUCGAAUCACACAGAGGAGAUCGUAGUCAUGUCAGACUUCAAGACCAAUUAUCCAAUCGACACGUGGAAAGAACACGGGUUCUACACGGACGAUUACAUGAAGUUAAUCAACAGUCAUUGGUUCAAAUUCAUGCCGCCCAAUCCCACGUCACACUACAUUCUCGGAUUUCUGUACUCCGUCCUCAUGGUACUCGGUUGCUUCGGGAACUCACUAGUGAUUUUCAUGUACAUCAAAUGUAAAUCAUUGCAAACGCCCGCCAACGUGUUGAUAAUGAACUUGGCAGUCAGCGAUUUCAUUAUGCUAGCGAAAACGCCGGUUUUCAUCUACAACAGUUUUUACCAGGGUCCUACGCUGGGAAAAUUGGGCUGCCAGAUCUAUGGAUUUUUCGGUGGCUUGACGGGAACUGUGUCCAUCAUGACGUUAGCCGCCAUAUCGUUGGACCGGUAUUAUGUGAUAGUGCACCCUCUGAACGCGGCCGUGAAAACUACCAAACAGCGGGCCAGGGUGUGGAUAGGCCUGAUAUGGACGUACGGGUUCUUGUUCUCCAUCAUACCGGUAAUGGACAUGGGGUACAACCGAUACGUACCGGAAGGAUACCUAACUAGUUGCAGUUUUGACUACCUGUCAGAUGACAACCAAGAGAAAGGGUUCAUAUUGGUGUUCUUUACGGCGGCGUGGUGCAUACCGUUCACCACGAUAUCGUACUGUUACAUUAAGAUACUGAGGGCGGUUUGGGUGACCAGCGAAAUGGCCGCCAGCCGGUUCGGCCAGGAGGAGGAGAAGAGGAAGACGGAGAUAAGACUGGGUUAUGUGGUGGUUGGGGUCAUCAUGCUGUGGUUCGUGUCGUGGACGCCGUACGCCAUGGUGGCCCUACUAGGCGUAUUCGAUCGGAAAGAGUACAUCACGCCACUGAGUUCGAUGAUCCCGGCGGUGCUUUGCAAGGCUGCCAGCUGCAUGGACCCUUGGAUAUACGCUAUCACGCAUCCAAGGUUCAAAAACGAAUUGACAAAGCUAAUGUCGAGAAAGAAGACCAGGAAAUUGGAGCGGGAUUAUGGUAUGAAGAAGAACUGGGGAGGCCAGUCAUAUUCCAAUAAGAGCGGCGCCGGUCUCAGGAACCUCUCUAGCUCAGAAGAUGAGUGCGUGGAAGAAGUGAUCGUCGUGAUUGAUCCAGACGACAAGAAGAUGAAACGGCAAGGAUCGACUUCCAGUCACAAAACCGAAGAGACCAAAGCGCUGGAGACAAAGUUCCCACCCACGCGGCAGGAGAGUCUGAAGUAUAUGCCGCCCAGCUGGUACAAACUGCCCCGGACUACGUCUAAGAGCAGCAUCAUGUUAGACGCAAAACUUACAGGAGACGAUAACAAUAAGUGAUAACGUUCUUGUCGAGCUUGCCAACGAGCCCACGAUGAGUUUGAAGAUUUUAAAUGAUAAACGCUGUGAUUAAAAUGCUAGUCUAUAUUAUAUUAUUAUUAUAUUAUGUACAAACAUAAUAUUAUAUAAUCUGAUCUCACACUCUGUGUUAAUGGAAAUUACGAACAUGUAUUUACGUAUAAUGUUGUCCUUAUGAUCGUAAAUGUUUUAGGUGCUUAUUUGUAUGCGUCUGUCGUGUAUAAAAAUAAAAUAUAAAUCCCACACACGCGGCCACACUAACGCGUAUUGACGUGCACUCCACCACCGCAUGGCAGUAUAAUAAUAUAUAGUUAAUAAUUCGAUACGUCAACAGUAAACCACGAUAUUUAUCUUACAUCGAUAUGUCUAUUGAAUGCAAGGUCAGGCUCGAUAUGAAAUUAUGUACAUUCAAAUAUUAUUUGUUUGCAUGCGUUUUAUGUUUAUAAAAAAUUAAUACGAGUGAUAUUUAAGCGUAUUACUGCAAAGCUACCGUAAACCCAUUAUUUUAUUACUAUUACAAUAUAUUGUUGUAAUUAAGUUUGUACGCACUUUUUCUCUUACCACCUUCCAUAAGGGUAGUUUUUGAUUUAUGUUGAACAGACAAUUGCAUCAAAAAGUCGAAAGCGAUCAAUCGAUAAUACACACACACACACACACACACACACACACACACACACACACACACACACACACACAUAUUGAGUACACUCUUUGAUGAUAUUAUAUUUACCAUUACGUACCUAUUUAACUUUUAAAGCCCAUAAUAAUAUUAUGUCCACGUGUGUUUUAAAAUAUUUUGAAGGUCAAACAAUUUUUCUAUGCCUGGUUUAAAACCAACAUAAUCAAAACUACUCAAGGAUUUGAAAAAUAUUAUUCUUUUUAAUAGAAAGACAUCGAUAUGUAGGUAAAGCAUUAUUUUACCAGUAGGAUACCAUCGAAUUAAUAAAGUCAUAAGUAUAAUAGUAGUUCCAUUCAUGACAGUCAACCGCGGUGUCACUCUUUUGUGAAACAUCACGUGUUAAAAUGAAACGUACUUCAUGACUUGUCUUAAAUUCGCGUUUAUAAAAUUUGGUUUUUUUUUACCAACAAACCCUUUUAAAUUCAAAUCUAUGUCAGAAUAAGAAACUGACAAUUUUUAUUUGUUUUUUUUUUUUAAUAUAUGCAUUUGACAGUGCUGAAAUUUGCGUAGAUGCACGUAGUCUGUCACUGAUAUUUUUACUUCCGGUAAACAUGAUAUGGAUAGGUGCACCUAGAUGGUGCAAUAUUGUUUUAUAUGUGGUUGAUUAUAAAAUAAUAAUAAUAAUAAUAAUAAUAAUGGACUGGUUAUGUGAAUGAUGAAAUUAUAUGAUUAUAUCAUAUUAUGAUAAAGAUUGAGAUUAGUGCGUAUACGUGUACUUGCCGCCGUGCAUCGAAUUAAUGCAUACCCACACAUUGCGAUCGUAAUAUGAGGUAAAUUUAGGACAGGGUGAUUAACUUAUAUAAGCAUAUCCUAAUUAGUUUUCUAGUGAACAGUUAUUUUUUUACUAUAUAAUAUUGAUAAAUGUUUAGUUGUAUAUUAUAAAUUCACGACCGUAUAAUACUGCAAUAUAACACGAAGUUUUCUCAUUCCUGGUAAGCUUACAAACCGUUACUAUGUCCCAUCGGUAAAUUAUACGACCCAUCCCCCCCCCCCCCGGGUUGCACAUUACCUGAUACAAUAUAUUUUGUACUCAAGUGAAUUCCAUUAGCAGGUGCAUUACAGUGUUACACAGAUAUUUCAGUACAUAUUUUGCAACGCACCGACUACCCAUCAGUAGAUAAAUCAGAACAGACAUAAUAAAUUGCUAUAAAUGUAUAUAAUCUAUACGAUUAACGAUAUCAUUAUUGGUACGCAACAGUCUAAUAAAAUCCUAAAAAAUUUUGGCUUUCAUUUAUCGUCUUAUUGCUGUAAUCACAACUUUCAUAUAUUUCUGAAACAAAUACUUGCGAUGUAUAAUAGUAAUCAGUGGCGUACGCAGGAUUUUCGAUUGGUGGGGGCGGGGAGAUUGAUAAUAAAUUAUAAUUUUAUUUUUAUUUUGUCCAGUCUAAUAAUUGUAGACGUUUAGGUGUACUUUUGGUAGCUCGAAACCGAAAAUUCUCAGUACUUUUUAAAGUAAUCAGAAAAAACAAAAAUAAAUAAAUUAAAAUUUGUUUAAAUUUUUCGGUAACCAUUGUCAUAUUAAGACCGUCUUCGAUUGAAUUGUAUUCGAUUAAUUUUAGUUUUUUUUUUUCUAAAAAUGUCAAUAAAAAUUAUUCGUUUGGUCAAAAAGCUUAAGAUGAAAUACAAUAAGGUUCCUCAAAAGUUUUUACUAUGGCUAUUUAAAAAUAUUAACGAUACAUGGGCACGAUUAUUUUUUAUAAACAUUCAAAGUUAAAAUUAUGGCAAAACCUCGGUUAAUUUGUAGUUUAAAAUUUAUAAAAUAUUAAAUUUCUAUAGCUAAGGCUUGACAAUUUAAUACAAGGUCUUUCAUACAAGUAGUUCAUACUUUUACCAAAAAAUUACUGAUAAUUUUGGAAAAUUGUUAAGCAAAUACAAUGUUUUUGCAAAAACUGGUUCAUUUUGGUAAGACGUAUAUGAAUUUACGUCUUUCUCACUAGUUGACGGCAGUUGAAACUUGACAAAUAUUUUUUUUUUUAAAGUAAUUAUAAUACUGGCAAUGAAGGGUCUUCAGCCCGUUAGCACCCCCUCCCCCCGCGUACGUCACUGAUAUUAAUACAUACAUUACCCUUAUACACGUUAGUUUUAAGGAUAUUAUAUUCUACGUUUAAGAGAGGGAUAUAGACAUAUACUUAAAACAUAAUAUUAUGUAAGUAUACUACAUGGUUUUUAACUAUUUGAAAAAAAAAAAAGAUGAAUUAAAGGAAUAUUAUUAACAGACAACCAAACAGUUCUGAUAAAAUAAUAGGUUAGGCUAGGUACGUAAAGUAGUUUGAACACUAAUAUUAUAGUGCCUAAAAUAUAAAAUAUCAUACACCUAAAAUGUAUAGAUAGGUACGUAGCUUUUAACCUGAUAUUAGACAUUAAUAUCACUUGAAUAAAAUAAGCAAAUAAAUGUAUGUAACUACCUAGUUUUGAAAUAAUAAAUUUAAGAAUCCCAUCGUAUACUUUGUACCUAUACUUACAUAGUUAUAUUUAUGGAUUUAACAAUCGUUCGUUGUGCUAAUUACAUCGCAUUAUGGAUUAACGUUAAUAUGGUAAACAUUUUUAACACUAAGUACAAGAUCAGUGUAUUCGAUUAUUUAUUUUUAAAGUUAUUUUACAGAAUAAAAUACACAAUAUAAUAUAAUUUACCUACUUACAAUUAUUUGAACAACAUAAUAAUAUAGUGUAUAAAACUCAUUUCUUAUUAUAAUCGCAAUAAAUCCUAUACAGCUAGUUUUAUGAUACAUUGAUACUUUUAAACUCUUUAUGCAAUAAUAAUGGGAAAAAUUAAAAUAAAUAUACAUAUUAUUCGUCUUUAGGCAUUGAUAAAGUGGCAAUAUUUGAGUGCACUUUAUAGUCAAUUUAUAAACACAAUAUAGGUGUAUUAGGUAAUUGUCAACUCACCGACACAAUUAUUUUUAUUUAUUCAAAUAAAGGCAAUAAAAAAUGUAAAACCAAUUUCUUUACUUAAAACUAUUUUGAAUCAUUAGAUAUGUUAUGAGUUUAUUAUGUAUGAACACCGAAUAGUUUGAAUAAGAGCAAUGAUAAUACUCGUUUAAAAAAUAUUAACCAUAUGGUAAAAAUAUGAUUAAUCCAAAUUAUUCAAUCUUCUAAAGUAGUUUGACAAGAACCACUGAAUCUUAUACUAUGGGAAACUAAAUUAAGGAUAAGAACACAAAUUAUUCAUAUUAAACCUAAUGUAAUAUUAAAGGUAGGUAUCUAUAUAUACAAAGUUAAAGUGUCCCUACUAAUAAUUUUCAUUAGAACUUGGGCACCUGCGUACUUUUUUACAAAAUUUUUUUUUACCUUGCAUUAUUUUUGUAAUGUUUAUUUUACAAAAUUGUAUUGAAUCAUAGGUACAACUUGUUAUUAUUAUGGCUCUGAAUUACAGGCUACAGCUAUGUAAUAUAAUUUAAAUGUAAUUCUCAAACAAACAUAAAUUAUAUACGCAAUUUAAUAAUCACAAUUAUUUGUAAUGUGUAUAUUAAUGAAUAUUCAAAAAUAUUUAUUUUAAUCGCUCGUAAUAUGCGGUCGUUGCUACUAUGUCAUACUAAUAAUUAAUAUUCUGUAAUUAUUUAUUUGGGAAUUAACGAUUGAAGGAUGUAAGGUGCUUUGCAAAUCAGAUUGAGUUUGAGACAAUCAAGGGACUAAUUUUUUUCAAAGUCCAUGAGUCUCAAUUUUUUUAUUUUUACGAUUCGAGCACUGUACCAAUAUUAUAUAUGACAUCAGUUCCACGCACGACACUAUAGCAUGGAUGCAAUUGACCAUCACAAAAAGCACAAAUUUAAUUAAGAACGUAAAAAUCAUUUGUGGUUUUAGUAAUAUAAAUCAAUGAAUACAAUGCAGUCCAGUAGAGGUAAUCUUUUUAAAAUGUUUGUUCAAACGAAGGAUUGUUUACCGUUUGCACUGUAUACAAAAUGUAAAAGGUCAUGAUACAAAAAUAAAAAUAAAAAUAACACGUAUAAUAUUAAUAUUAUUGUAGUUUGUAAUUCACUCAGAAUGUUAUAAAAACAUAAGUAUGUAGUACAAAAUAGGCACAAACAACAAUGUUUAAGUUGUCGAAUAAUAGUAAGUAGUUAUAAAAAAAAAUAGCAGUCGGAACAUUAUUUCAUAUUAUUACAAAACAUGUAACUAUUAUUCAUAGUGGAAAAAUACAAAAUAUCAUUAUA